UGGCCGACUAGCCGGUCACCGGUGGUUAUCAUUCUGCGGUAUUUCGCUUCCCAGGAACUCUAGCGCCUACUCUCAACGUCACAUUCACUCAGGACGUCUCCAGCACGGCGAGUCUCAAGUGCUGAACUAAAGGAGCGCGUGACUGCUCGUAACUAUUGCUAUAUUUGGGCAGCGAACACCUCCUACAGUUCAAGAUGGUGCUGCACGCCUAUCACGUCGCAAUUCGCUGCAGCGACAAGCGCACCUGUUAUGGUAUUCUCCGAGUAGCGAAUCCGCCUAAACGUACAGCAAGAAAUGGGUUGGCGCAUGAUGUGUCGACUGUUGAGCUGACGUUGCCGAGUGGAGGUCAGGAGUAUGUGUCUGUUGAGUUUCAACAGCAACGGAGGGAUAGUGAGCGUGACGAGUUGGAGAUUUCGUGGAGAUUUGCGCACUUGAUGCAACUGGAUGAAGGAGACACGGUUUAUGUCACUCAAAUUGAAGAUGACAUACCUGUCUGCUGGAAAGUGCAUGGUGAAGUGUCACAGGAAGACUGGCCUAUAGUAGUCAAAAAUCAGAAACAAAUAGAAACCUGUUUUUUGAAUCAGAUCAGAGUUGUGAGGCAAGGCAUGGUCGUUCCGGUCUUUCUUACUAACAACGUGGUGCACAUCACAAUAGGCAAGACAGAGCCAGCCAAGGAAUUUGUUCGUUUGAAAGUCAAUAAUCCUCACGGUUGGUCGGCAACCUCCCUAAGUCUCGACGUUCAAAAAUGCAAGAGUGAGAUGCCGUCCCAUCCGUCUCUCUCUUCGGACAAUCCUUCUCUGUUGCCAUCUGCAUCCACACGGUCGAAGUCGAAAAACGCUUUUCAUUUACCCAAUGGAGUCUGGGACAUUAAACGAGGACACGGUUAUGUACACAGUAGAGCAAGCUCGUUGUCUAGUGGAGUGUACGGGAGCGAAGAAGACUCCACGACCGUAACAAGUGUCGAUGACUACGGAAUUGUCAACACACACGAAACAAAAUCAGGCAGAGAUUCUCGUGUACGAUCGGCUGACGACAUUUUGGAAACGAAGCAUCGUCGUGAAGGCUCAACCGGAUUGAUUGAGCGAGUGGUUGACUUUGUGAACACCAACGUCAAGAACGUUGCCAAGUUUUUGGGACAAUCAAGUACGACAGAUUCAUCAGUUGACGAUGACAUGUUAGCUUUGGGAAUUCCAGAUAUCUGGAGUAAAGGGAAAGCAUUAAAACCGCCUUAUAAAUCGGAAACAAUUGACGAUGUCACCAGCGAUCUGCUCCUACCGGAAGAACAAGUACUGCGUGUGCAACGAACUCCGACUUGUUUUAUGCAAACGAUGUUAGACCUUUAUGGUACUGAGAGUAAGGACGUUGAGGCGCUAGUGAAGCAGCCGACGACGAUUUUCGUGAGCGAUGAAUCGUUUCCGCAAUUACGCGGCAAGCGAGAUGAGCUCUUCACUCAUUACGUCACCAUCGACCUCGGGCAGCGAACAAAACAUGUGCAAUGCGAGGACCCCAAUCAACCUCCAACCGGAAAAGUGACGCCCGCAAGUAACGCGAAGCCGAACACGAAGACUGGUGAUGUCACAACGUCAUCUGAUAAUCCGUUUACGAGUGGAUUAGGAAAGAAUGUGGCUGACGCAAAGAAUUUGUUUGAGAAAGAGUCAAGUGUGCAUUCCGUUGUGGCAGGGAAACCGAUGGUUGCUGUUUGUCGGUUGUUUGUGUGUGACAGUAGACAGGCGAUUCAUGUUGCUCGUAAUCAUGUCGUCAUGCAUGACAUCAUGCGUCGAUUCUUGGGCUCGGCCACCCACACGUGCAUUCGUAUUCGACGGUUGAGUCACAAGUCCUCGAAAGUGCAGGGAAUCUGUCUUCACCCGCUCAUCGACAACGUGAGCGGUGUGUACGAGCAAGACAGGGUAAAAUCGUUCCAGAUGUGGAUUUCAUCAGUCACCACAGAUCGAUGUCCACUACCUAUCGUCAAUAACCAACUGUUGGAUUUCGAUAUUCGAUUACAACCGACUGUAGGGAAGAAAGACUUUGUUGUGAAUGUGAUUACCCCACAACCGUCGUUGGGAUCAUCAUUGCAGCCAUCGAAUCAUCCUGCGUACUUCAUGUUGUCAACAUCUCGUCUACAGACGGUUCACAUUACAGCAACCGGUGAACCACUGAGUCCAUCCAAUGGAAACGCAGACGUUCGACAAUCUGUAAAUUCCCCAUAUUUGUCGUUGGACGAACUUGAUCCGAAACUUCCAAACGUCUUGCUCAGCCAGUUGGGAGGCAUAAGAACACAAAUUCAAGCCGGACUUGAUCACUUGCGUGCCUGCCUCACUCUUCGUCUUGUCCCCUUUCUUGGCGGCAGCUGCUCGGGUUUCUCUGGUGGUGGCCUCCUCAUAUGUGGCACGAGCAGAGACAGCGGAAGCAGCACGGGCUGUGGAAAGACGUCGCUCGCACAGGCUCUGUGUCGACAGAUGGGGGAGAUGCCCGUUCUGGCACAUAUUGUAGUCGUCGACUGUACGACACUUCGAGGACGGAAAGUUGACAACGUUAAAGCAAAACUUUCACAGAAGUUUGACGAAGCAGCAUGUUGUCAGCCAUCCAUCAUCCUACUAGAGAAUCUCGACGAUCUGGUGGCGGCGCCGGCCGCGGGAGCCAUAGACGGCGGCAUCGACGCUCUCUACACCACAAAAUUAGCCGAAAUGAUAUGUGGUCUGAUUAACUGCGAGUUGCAACGUAGGACUGUCGUCACUCUGAUGGCGACGGCUCGUUCGGCUGACGCCCUUCAUCCUCGUCUUCUUCCCGGACGAGGACGGCACUACUUCCAGAAAGUCUUAGAAUUGAAGAUACCGACUGAGGAACAGAGGAAGGAGAUUCUGGAAGCGAUUGUUAGGGCUAAUGGUCAUCAACUUGAGAAGUGCAAUUUGAGUUUGGUGGCACGACAAACUAUUGGUUUUGGUCCACGAGAUCUGGUGAAGCUCGUUCAACAGGCGGCGCAUUGGGAGUCUGUGAAGAGAGUUGACGAACGCGCUCGAUGCAAGAUGCCACACGGCGGCUUGUACGAACCAGUCGGGCCUGGAGACUUGGGCCCUCAAUGGCCGGGUUGUGACCUUCUCACUCAAGACGCUUUCAACGAAGCAGUGAAAUCACUAAAGCCGAUAUCAUUACGCACAAUAUCUCUUCACUCACCCAGCAAUCUCAGUUGGAGUGACGUCGGAGGAUUGGACGACGUCAAGUGUACAUUGAGGCGGACACUAGAAUGGCCUGCAAAGUAUCCGAAAUUGUUUGCAAAAUGUCCCAUUCGGUUGCAGUCGGGUUUGCUGCUUUAUGGAGCGCCUGGAACAGGAAAGACGCUCUUAGCGGGUGUGGUCGCUAAGGAGUGUGGCCUGAAUUUUAUAUCAAUCAAGGGACCUGAGCUUCUCAAUAAAUACAUUGGAGCGAGCGAGCAGGCAGUACGGCAGAUGUUCGAAAGGGCGCAAGCAGCGCAGCCGUGUGUACUGUUUUUUGAUGAGUUUGACUCGAUUGCUCCAAAGCGUGGACAUGACAACACAGGAGUGACCGAUCGUGUCGUCAAUAUGUUUCUGACCCAGCUGGACGGCGUUGAGACACUACAGGGUGUGUAUGUACUUGCUGCUACUAGUCGACCAGAUCUCAUAGAUCCAGCUUUGUUACGCCCUGGAAGAUUGGACAAGUCGUUAUUCUGUCCUCUACCAGACAAGAAUGAAAGGAAAGCCAUUUUGAAAGCUCAAACUCGCAACGUUCGAGUCGUCAACGUCGACUACGAAACUCUCGCUGAAGAAACCGAAAACUUCUCAGGUGCCGACCUGAAAGCCUUGCUAUACAACGCACAAGUGGAAGCCAUUAGAAAAAUGAAUGCCUACAGCCCCAACAUCGCAACCACACCACGAGACGUCGAUACGUUACGAAAGUCUGGUCCUUCAAAAAUGUUUGAUUAUUCAUUUGGAAUAACACGAGAAGAGAGUGAAGGAAGUUGUGCUAGUGAUGUGGAAGUCAUAGGUGAAGAAGCCGACAGAAUGGAUGAAUUUGUAGUGUCACUACCUAUUGAUGUCAAGCCCAAGUCAAAAGAUGACGAUUUUGUGUCCAAUUCUUCUGAUGCAAGUGCGAAGAGGAUGAGACCGACAUCUCUUGGUCAACUGACGUCUCUGAAGCAGUCUGUUGGUAGUACGUCUUCGUUGGGAAGGGGAGGUGAGGGUAGGGAGUAUUAUUACAUGCUGAGCAUUGGUGAUGGGAUACGGAAGAUACCGGCAGAGAUACGGAGAGAAAUGAAAAAGUACAACGACUCCUACGACACUCGCACCGACACCUUGCAGAGCCGACGCUCAAGUUUAUCAACCAAGAGAAAGAUCUCACAAACCAAACAAACUCAAGUCACCAUAACGGCCGAUCACUUUGCGGCCGCCCUUAUGUCCAUGGGACCGUCUCUUUCGGUGGACGAACGACACAGAUACCAAACAAUAUACGAACGUUUCACGAAGACACGAAGCGAGGAAAUCUUGUUGGAGCAGAAAGCGACUUUGGCAUAGACGGCAGCGCAGUCAGUGAUGUAUGCUGUGAAGGUAUAGUGUGUACAUGCUAUAGCGAUAAGUGCGAGAAUCCUUUCCCAUGAAGCUGGCUUGUCGUCGACCUUUGCUGCUGUCUAGCGCACUCAUUCACUGGUAAUGCAAAUUGCUCGUCGCUGGAUAUGUUUAUUGAUGUGGGCAGAUGGAAAUUUUAUUGGGUGUAUUGGGUGGUACUGACUGAGGACUGUCAGUUGUGUUGUAACUGCAGUACUUGUGUGUGGUGUGUAAAUAUAAGUAUUCACUAUU